GAAUGAUGUUUACACAAACAUACUUAUGUUGUGCUACUUUCACCACUACUUCUUAACCGCGGUUAAACCUGCAUCAUGCCGAAGCGUGGAAGGGGUGGUUCAUCUGGUGGAAAGUUCAGAAUUUCAUUGGCUCUUCCUGUUGGAGCUAUAAUGAACUGUGCUGACAACAGUGGUGCCAAAAAUUUGUAUGUAAUAGCUACGUUUGGUGUUCGAGGUCGCUUGAACCGUCUUCCAUCGGCAGCAACUGGUGACCUAAUUGUGUGUUCGGUUAAAAAAGGGAAACCAGAACUAAGGAAAAAGGUGUUGUAUGCUGUAGUUGUCAGACAACGUAAGGCCUUCAGACGAAAAAACGGAGUAUUCAUUUAUUUCGAGGAUAACGCUGGCGUGAUUGUCAACAACAAGGGAGAACUUAAAGGUAAAUACUAAAGUAUUUUACUUCCUUUUUACCAUUGAGUUCAGCGUCAUUUUGCCCUUUGCAGGUUUAUUUACGCUUUGAUUAGUAUGCUUCCGUUAACUAGAAAAAAUCUGAUAGUAAGGUAUUUGCAGGUAUAACCGCAUGAUCUAACACAUGACUACGAUAGACUGAGUUUUGAUGAUAGUUCAGUUCUGAACUAUAAUAUCCAGAUACAUGACUUAAACCGUUCAAUAAGUUAUUAUGUUAGUGUUUCGGACAAAUUAUGUUUAGCUCUAUUUUCAACCAGCCUUUUGUAUGCCUGUCGGAUGCUAAUUACCUAGCAACAUUUAUUGUACGCUGUGUUUGCAGUCACAUCAAUGAUAAUAGAUUAACAAUCCCCAUUCGAAGUAGAUAAAACUAAUCGAUCCAACAUGCAAUAAUCGGCAGUAAUCUGGUGAGUAGUUUGAUAGUGUUACCCUUACCUUCCUGGGAAUUUGUUACAGGUAGUUAUCACUUGUUUCCUGGAUAGUUGCGUCACAAGAUUUUAUUACAUGAGACAGAGAUGGUAGUAUCACUAAAUAUAUAUGAAGAAGAGUUGUGUGCUCUUAUUUGGUAAACAUAUAAUUCUGGUCGUCCGUAGGGUUUUUCCUAGUUGUUUUCAAGCAAAUUGCCUCACUAAACGGCGUUCUUGUUGACUUUUUAACUGGCUAUUUCUUUCUCCUCUACUUUGUUUUCACAUUAUUAUCGUGUUUGCGCAUUUUCUGAAGUCAUAUCUUACCAAGAUUUAUCUGCUUCGGGUAAGCAUUCAGUGAGGAUUACUAACCCGGACAAAAUUGUGAGUGGUUUCACAUUUUUGUGAUGCUGUUGGGUUGCCUAGUCUGUUAACGAUUACUGUUUAAGGCAUUCAUUAACAACUGUAUUGCUUGAUUAGUCAGUAAUCUAGUUCGAUAUUUCAAAGAUAGUUCACGCAGUGACAACAUAUAAUCCACUGAAUGUAAUACUGCUAGUCAAGUACAGUAAAUUGUUUUACUGAAUGAAAUCUCAUGCUUAAUAUUUCCAUUUAAUAAUAAGGCCUAAUGACCUUACGCACCUGCCCUUUAGUAAUGUUAGCACUUACAAACAUGCUAGUGUGACAAGUUGGAUGAACUUCAGUUUCACGUAGGCACGCAAUCAUUCAUUCUUUUCAAAGAAAAC